CCCGUAGCUUCUACGGCGUGCCCGGGGCCCGGCCUUUGCGUCGAUCUCGGUGAUUUCUAGCCCCGUGAAUUCUGUCCUCAGGAAGCGACGUCGCCUUCGUGGCUGUAGGAGUUGUUAAAGUUUUAUCUCGGGAAUCUCGUCCUGCUGUGGGGACGAGCCCCCGUGCUGUGCCUCCUCCCUCCCAUCCGAGAGAAGGACGUGGCCCUCCGUUGGUGUCCAGGGGCUGCAGUUCCAGACAGGCCGAGUCCUCUACUUGCACUACGGAGUGGGCGUGCCUAGAGUAGGAGUUUUGAGCAGCACUGGAACCGGGCUUCGCAUUUGUAUUGUGUGCCUUUGGAAGAUUGUUAGGAUUCAAUUAGCACCUUGUGUGGCCAAGGGCAGGAUAUGUCCAUGAUUCAGAUGCCAGCUGUUGGACUGGAAAUUCCAGUAAGGAGGUUAUAGCUGAAGAAAGCAGGGGAAAGGAAGCAGGAGCUUUAGGGGGAGAAGCUUAUUUUCUAAGUCUUGAGAGAGGACUUACAGGGAAGUAUAAAACGUUAAUAAUUACCAGACUGUAAAUAACAUUUAUUUCGAACCUCAGCACUUUUCCUGUUUGCUUCGGUAGCAUAUAGGAUAUCACCUGUAAACAGAAAGAGCCAUCACUUUAACUUCAUCGUCUGUCCCUGCUUGCCUAGUGAAGUUGUAUAUUGCAGCUGUCAACAGGGGAGCCAUACCUGCUCGUGUGCUUAUCCGGUGUGCCUGAGGUAGCAGAAAAUUCCUUCCUAUUAAUUAGAAGCAGUCAGUACUCCUGGUUCAAAGCAUUGGGAAUUAAAAAAAUUGUACAUUAGCAAUGCAGUCUUUUUUAUUUUGAUCUCAUUUGCCGGUAAAUGAAAAGAGUAGUAGCAUGACCAAAAGCAGAAAAAUCUUCAAUAAAAGUCACCUAAAAAGCAGCCCCUAAGCUCCUGAAAUGCUUAUGAGUCAUGGGGGACAAUGAAUCAAACUGCUAGCUGGAGAGAUUUCUUUAGAGGUAUGUGAGGAGCUUUUGACUCAUCUAAUACAAGACUUAAUGACCAUAGGUGAGAAGUGAAGAAAUAGAAAGUUCAGUAUGAAGUCUAGUGACAGGAUCAGUCAUACAGUUAGAGCUUUUUGUUUGUUUUUGGUUUUUUGUUUGGUUUGGGUUUUUUUUGUUUUAAUAGGAAACCAUUGGUAACUUGAUUUAGGAAUAUAGUGGAAGAAAUGAAAACUUGAGAUGCUGAGUAUGUAGCAAAGAUCAGUUAUGACUUUGUCAGAGAACACAAAGUAUUAAGUCGAAGGAGGCCUAACAUGUUAUUCAAUCUAAUUACUAUAAUUUGAAGAUUAAAGCUGAAUGAGACUUCAUAUCUUAAAAGUGAAGACUGCCAAAAAGAGUGUACUCUUUUAACAAAAAAUGGGUAAUAGCGCAAUACUAACUUUCUUUUGCCAGUUGAUAUUUACCCUGGGAUUAAUAUUGCAAUAUUUAUAUCUGUGUUUCAUUUUAAGAGUAAAAAAACCCUAGACACUGAAAAUCCAUUAAAUGACUUUCUGGUCUGGGGUUUUUCUUAAUAACCACUGAAUGAUACUGCAGAUCAUCUGUUGCAGUCAUGUCCUUUUGUUUUUUCAUCCAUUGACUUUUGCGCAUAUUUAAUUAUUAAGUAAGAAGGUAAAGAAAAAGAGCUGAUCUUGUACAUAAGCUGCCUCAUCUUUAUUAUUUUGGGAAAUGUAGUAAUUCAGUCUCUUAAUGGGCUGCUAAUUUUUGUUUUUAUUUGAAAUAGACUCCAGUGAAGAAUUUCUGUGCAGUUUCUCUCUGAUUAGAAAGGAUUCGUUAUGUUUCUGUGUCUUGGUAUGAAUGUUGUUUAGAAAUAAAUCACAAAAUACAUGCUUACUGGUAAUGUUCCAGCUGGCCUGUUACAAGCAGGGGUUUAAUUAUGAGAGGAAUGUUUUAACUUGAAGAUGUUACAGGUGGUUUACAGGGCAUGCUGUGCAUUAUUUCUUUGCAUCCUCUCUUCUGUACCUUCUGUGUCUGCAUAAUAGAUAUCUCUUUGGUAUCUGGAGUAAUUGCCCAAUGGGAGAAGUCAUCUUAUUCUACUGUUGCGAAUUGUCUUGUCAGAGUUAACCAAGAAUUUUAAGGGUCGAGGAUGCGGUGUUAGAGGGUUUUUUUGUUGUCUAGAUUUGACAUAAAACCAUUUGUCCCUUCCAGAGGCACUAAGAACUUUGUCUAGAUUUUGCAAAUGGCAUUGCUGCGUGGCUCUGAAUUAACUGUAGAAUAUUGUCAGGUCUUUGCAUUGUGUCUUUGCAUUCUGUAUGCUACAUGUUAUUGCUUGGAUGCUUUGGGACAGCUUUGCAAGAAGCUUCACAUCUCACAUGAGAUAACAGCUAAAGGAAAGUAUGCAAUCUGCAGUUACUACAGGUAGAGAAGGUGCUCAGAGUAAUGAGAACGUGUGUGUGUGUCAAGCAUAGCACGGUAGGAUCAGGAGCAGUGCAUGAACAUGUGCUCCAGCUGGCUGCCGGGGCAGGCUGGGACAGUGGUGGCUGCUGUGUGGCUUUCAGUCACCUUCUGGUAGCAUACAGGAAAUUUUGUCACACCUCUUCUUCAAUAGUUACAGGAAAGGCUUCUUUCUUUGAGUAUCAGUCAGCAGUUUCCUGUCAAGUAUGAUGUGCAACUAACAUGCAGUGUCCCCUGCCAAGCUAAGCAAAGACCUCUACUGUAGGAGCUUCCUUGGUCCAGUUGCAUUUUGCUCUUGAGAUUCUUUAGAUUUGGGAAGGUCCAUCUUUGAUUUUAGAACGUUUUGCUGGGUUUAAUGGCAAAAAUCAAUGUGUUAAUUCAACCAAAAAGUUAAGGGUAUUCACCUGCAGCUCCUGCUGUUUUGGAAGUCAGGAAAAUCUGGCACUUCUAAUGUUUUAUUUUAUGUUAAUAAUUUUAAUUUAAUAAAACUCUUUUUUCUUCUUUCUUUUGAAUCUGAGAAAACCUGAGUAUUUGAGCAUUCAUAUUUCAGGAAGGGUGAGGAAGCCAGGCUUUCUGUGUAGAUGUGAUACAUCUACAUCAUACCCAAUAUGAAAUUUUAGAAAUUAGAGAAACGUCCCUUAAUUUCUUUCAGUAGUAAUUGCUGGUUCUAGCAAGCAGAUGAAAAUGCUUGCAUUGAUUGUGACUUUUUUUGAGCUCAUGUAAAAGUAGUUUUUUGUGUGUUGUUAGUCCAGCUCCUUUUUGGUUCUACUGAAAUGUAACUUCCAGAGCCAAAGUGAUCUAAAAUAUCUGCAUACAUAUCUGCCAUCAUCUCUAAUGUUUGUUCUUUGGCAUAUGUAGAGAAUAAUGGACUUCAAUUACAGGUCUUGCUUACCUUCAGAAAACCUUGUGCACACGUUUUUGACUUUUUUCUAUGUAUUUUGUUACUUGAUCAUUUCAACACCGUGUACAACAGUAAAAAGAUAAUAAGAAUUUUCACCUUUCCAGUUGAUUUUUCAAACAAAAUUUGUUGGGAAUACAGACCUUAAAUGCAGAGAGGUGUUGCAUCAAUGGCGUUAGCUUUGAUUGUUUGGCUUAUUUUUGUUUCCAUGUUUCACUUCUUACUCCUCUACUUGGUUGUUCUUAAUUCUCCAUGUCUUUGGAGUUACAGUUGGGGUUUGGGCAUUUUUGUUUCCUUCCAAUUUAAAUAAGUCACUUUCAUGUAUUUUAGUAAAUUAUAAUUCAUUGUAUUGAACCUUCUGUUUUUAAGGUGAAAAAAAAAACUGUCUGAUCAAAGAGCAAAGAUGCAGAGCACUUCAAAUUACCUCUGGCUGUUGUCGGACAUUCUAGGACAGGGAGCGACUGCAAAUGUUUUCCGGGGACGACAGAAGAAAACUGGGGAUUUAUAUGCUGUCAAAGUAUUUAACAGUAUAAGUUUCCUUCGUCCUGUGGAUGUUCAGAUGCGAGAGUUUGAAGUAUUGAAGAAACUAAAUCAUAAGAACAUCGUCAAAUUGUUUGCCAUUGAGGAAGAGACAACUACUAGACACAAAGUACUAGUCAUGGAAUUUUGUCCAUGUGGGAGUUUGUACACAGUUUUAGAGGAGCCAUCAAAUGCCUUUGGUUUGCCAGAGUCUGAAUUCUUAAUUGUUUUGAGAGAUGUGGUGGCUGGGAUGAAUCAUCUCCGUGAGAAUGGAAUAGUGCACCGUGACAUCAAGCCAGGCAAUAUAAUGCGUGUUAUAGGUGAAGAUGGGCAGUCUGUUUACAAACUUACAGACUUUGGUGCAGCAAGAGAACUUGAAGAUGAUGAACAAUUUGUUUCUCUCUAUGGCACAGAAGAAUAUUUACAUCCUGAUAUGUAUGAGCGAGCAGUUUUGAGAAAAGAGCAUCAGAAAAAGUACGGAGCAACAGUUGAUCUGUGGAGCAUAGGGGUGACCUUCUACCAUGCUGCAACAGGGAGUUUGCCUUUCCGACCAUUUGAAGGACCUCGUAGAAACAAGGAAGUGAUGUAUAAAAUAAUCACUGGAAAACCUUCUGGUGCUGUUUCUGGAAUACAGAAAGCAGAAAAUGGACCUAUUGAGUGGAGUCGGGAGAUGCCUAUUUCUUGUAGCCUUUCAAAGGGUCUGCAAGUACUGCUCACACCUGUCCUUGCGAAUAUUCUUGAAGCAGACCAGGAAAAAUGCUGGGGAUUUGACCAGUUUUUUGCAGAGACGAGUGACAUACUGCACCGAAUAAUAAUCCACAUCUUUUCAUUACAGCAGAUGACCUUGCACAAAAUUUAUAUUCACAGCUAUAAUACAGCUGCUAUAUUUCAUGAGUUGGUCUACAAACAGACAAAAAUACCAUCUCAGAAUCAAGAACUGAUCUAUGAAGGUCGGCGCUUAAUACUAGAGCCUGGCAGAUUGGCACAGCACUUCCCCAGAACAACUGAGGAGAAUCCUAUCUUUGUAGUAAGCAGGGAGGCUGUGAACAUUGUUGGAUUAAUCUAUGAAGAAGUUUUACUUCCUAAAGUACAUCAACGCUAUGAUUUGGAUGGGGAUGCUAGUAUGGCUAAAGCAGUGACAGGUAUUGUAUGUUAUGCCUGUAGAGUUGCCAGUUCUUUGCUACUUUACCAGGAGCUGAUGCGAAAAGGAAUUCGAUGGCUAAUUGAAAUAAUCAAGGAUGAUUACAAUGAAAUGGUUCAUAAAAAGGCAGAGAUUGUCAUCAGGCUGGAUUUCUGCAGCAGAAACAUUGAGAAAGCUGAGAAAAUAUAUGAGAAUUUGAUGCAGAUCAACUUGGAAGCAUCAGAAGUAGAUGAAAUUUCAGAGAUACACACAAAACUCUUGCAUCUCUCCAGCUCUCAGGGCAGCAUAGAAACUAGUCUGCAAGAUAUCAAAACCAAACUUUCACCUGGUGGUUUGCUGGCUGACACCUGGGCAAAUCAGGAAGGCAUGCAUCCAAAAGACAGAAAUCCAGAAAGGCUGCAGGCACUGCUGUCUUCCAUCACAGACAUCUACUAUCAGUUUAAAAAAGACAAAGCAGAACGAAGGCUUCCUUAUAAUGAAGAACAAAUACACAAGUUUGACAAGCAGAAGCUGUAUUUGCAUGCUACAAAAGCCGUAGCUCUUUUCAAAGAUGAAUGUGUCAGCAAGUAUGAUACAUUUUUGGACAAAGCCGAGGACUGGACAAGGAAAAUGCUUCACACAAGGAAGCAAUUACUGGCUCUCACUAACCAGUGCUUUGGUAUUGAAGAAGAGGUGUCCAAAUACCAGGAUUAUAUAAAUGAGUUACAAGAUGCUCUGCCGCAGAAAAUGUUUGCAGCUUCCAGUGGGAUGAAACAUACAAUGAAUGCAGUCUAUCCAAGCUCAAACACAUUAGUAGAAAUGACUCUUGGGAUGAAGAAACUAAAGGAGGAAAUGGAAGGUGUUGUUAAAGAGCUGGCUGAAAAUAAUCACAUUUUGGAAAGAUUUGGUGCUUUGACUAUGGAUGGUGGCCUGCGGAAUGUGGACUGUAUCUAGCUUCCAAAGGACCCGAACUGGACUUGUACAUUUUUUCAAAGGGAAAAAAAUAUUGUUGGGACAGUUAAAAGCAGAUAAUAAAUCUGUAUCCAGGAUUUUUUUUCCUUCAACAACUAUAAUAUUGAAGAAAAUGUAAAUAUGUAUAAUAUGUAAAUACAAAAGAAAUAUAUAUCUUUUCUUGGUCACUUUUAGGAUAGAAUAACUUCUGGCAGGGAAUUGAGCCCCUUGGAGGAUCUCUGAGGAGUCCUAAAAGGAAAAGUAUUGUUGAUGAAAUUGACAUUUAUCUACUUUGAAUAUUGCCCUUUUUUUUCAGAAUGCAAUUUAGUCUUCAUUGCAAGAGGACUUGCAGUACUCCAAAACACCAUUGUAUAAAGAGUAUUUUGGAUUUUCUUCAAUGACCACUGUUAUGUAGGAGCCUAACUGAAUGACUUUGGUCAUCACAGAACUUGAUGGAUGUUUUAAAUGAGAUGUUGUUAAAUGAGUGUCAAUAGGGACUAAGAGUGCAGAUAGGACAUAAUAGAAAUGCAUUUCUCUUUCCUUCACAUCCAACUGUUAGUUCACUUCUACUUGAAAAAGUAAAUUCACAAUAUUUUUUUAAGUUCUCUAA